AUGCCUGCUCCUAUUGCAAAAGGUAUUCUGGUGACGGUAUCCGUCUUAGUAGCAGCAGGUGUCGCGGUCUACAAUUCUCCUCAGUUCCAAGAAUGGCUGAGCAACUCCCGACGCAAGCUCGCCGUCGCGUUGCACAAUCUGGGCGAUGAAAUCCACCCUUCUGACUCCCACCGAGAGGACAUAUCUAUGACCGAAGAGGAGAGCGAAGCAGCAGAGGAACGCAGACGCCUUGCUCGGGCCGAGAUUAUGCGACGCGCAGAAGUUCUAGAAUCACUUCGAGGUGCACGAAACUCCUCACGACCGCUCGACAGCUUUGAUACGUUGGUGGAUAAGGAUGGCAACCUGCUGAGCGCCAAAGAUGUCGAGGCUGAAAUUGACGAUGUGAUCGCCAGUUCCACUGCAGUUGAUACCGGUGCACAACAGCCUACUCGCCGAGGCAUCAGUAAAGAUACUCCCCAAGGCUCAAGCAUAGGGGAUUCAGGGUUGCUUCUGGAUCUUUCUUCAGACACGGUAUCUCAUCAUCCAUCGGAAUCGGAUGUACAAUUUACCCCCACGUCAGAAACACCCGGCGAGGCAUUGUUUGACCCAUUUAGCGGAACCCCCGUUGGGGCGCGGUCUCCUGUAUCUGAUUCCAGCCAUACCGAGGGCCAUGCGGACUACUACUAUUCUCACCCAUUUCCAGUUUCGAAUCAAACCGAACAGUCGGAUUUUAUGUCUGGUAUAAGCGGAUUAGAUAUUGGGGACCAAGCUCAGCAUGAGAUAUCAUCCGCCUCGUCUAUUGCAGGUAGCUCUAACCAGGCCCGUGAGCCGGUGGACGCUUUCUCUGAUGGUGGUCUAAGUGAUUUUGACGUGCAUUCCAUUGACGAUCUUCACACACCUGCCAGUUGGUCAGAGGUUGGCAGUGUCAUUAGCGACCACGAUGCUGGCCAUCAAUAG